GAGAAGAAGAGAAGUGAGCGAGGGAAGGGAACAUAAACAUGAGAAGUGAAACACAGCCGUUCAUUCUGCUCUAAAUCUGCCGUUUUCAGACUGAGAAGAAGAAGCAAGCAGGAGAAAUUACUCCAGGAGAAACUACGGACAUACUAUUGUAAAGAUGGAGAUUAAGGAAGAACCCUGCAGAAUAAAAGAUGAAGAUACAGAGGAACAAAUAGACCCAGUGGAAGUGAAUAAAGACAAAUGGCAUCAUUUCACUAAUGAAGAUGGAGAACUGACGUAUAAAAAUGAAGACAAACAUCUGUUACAAAAACCUCAUCAUUUCAAAAAUGAAGAUGGAAAUGCAGUUGUUUCACAGACUGAAGAGAAUUUCACACAAAAACAAGCUGAAAAAUCUGGAGACAAAGAAUUUUUCACCUGUUCUGAGUGUGGAAUGUUUUACGUGCACAAAUCAGACCUUAAUAAACACAUGAAAUCUCACACUGGAGAAAAUCUCUUCACAUGCACUCAGUGUGGAAAGAGUUUCACAUGUAAAUCAACCCUUAACAGACACACGAGAGAACACACUGGAGAAAAACCAUUCACAUGCACUCAGUGUGGAAAGAGUUUCACUCAUAAGGGAGGCCUUAAUGUGCACAUGAGAAUUCACACUGGAGAAAAACCAUUCACCUGCUCUCAGUGUGGAAAGAGUUUCAGUCGCAAAGAGGACGUAAAUGUGCACAUGAGAAUUCACACUGGAGAAAAACCAUUCACCUGCUCUCAGUGUGGAAAGAGUUUCAGUCGCAAAAAGGACAUAAAUGUGCACAUGAGAAUUCACACUGGAGAGAGGCCUUAUACAUGCUCUCAGUGUGGAAAGAGUUUCACAUCCCAAAGCGUUCUCAUCACUCAUCUGCGCCGUCACUCGGGAGUGAGAUCAUUCAGCUGUGAUCAGUACCCGGUGGAAGUGAAUAAAGACAAAUGGCACCAUUUCACUAAUGAAGAUGGAGAACUGACGUAUAAAAAUGAAGACAAACAUCUGUUACAAAGACCUCAUCGUUUCAAAAAUGAAGAUGGAAAUGAAGUUGUUUCACAGACUGAAGAGAAUUUCACACAAAAACAAGCUGAAAAAUCUGGAGACAAAGAAUAUUUCACCUGUUCUGAGUGUGGAAUGUUUUACGUGCACAAAUCAGACCUUAAUAAACACAUGAAAUCUCACACUGGAGAAAAUCUGUUCACAUGCACUCAGUGUGGAAAGAGUUUCACACGUAAAUCAACCCUUAACAGACACACGAGAGAACACACUGGAGAAAAACCAUUCACAUGCUCUCAGUGUGGAAAGAGUUUCAGUCGCAAAGAGGACGUAAAUGUGCACAUGAGAAUUCACACUGGAGAAAAACUGUUCAAAUGCUCUCAGUGUGGAAAGAGUUUCACUCAUAAGGGAGGCCUUAAUGUGCACAUGAGAAUUCACACUGGAGAGAGGCCUUAUACAUGCUCUCAGUGUGGAAAUAGUUUCACAUCCCAAAGCGUUCUCACCACUCAUCUGCGCCGUCACUCUGGAGUGAGAUCAUUCAGCUGUGAUCAGUGUGAUAAAACAUUUGUUUUGGCAUCAAGCUUAAAAACACACCUUAAAACUCAUGCUGGUGUGAAGCCUCACUUUUGUUUAUUUUGUGGAAAGGGUUUUUCACGACUGCAGAAUUUAAAACAGCAUGAGAGUGUUCAUACUGGUGUGAGACCUCAUUGUUGCUCUGACUGUGGGAAGACCUUCACUACAUCCAACAAUUUAAAAACACACCAGAGAAUUCAUACUGGAGAGAAACCGCACCAGUGCUCUUCAUGUGGAAAGAGUUUCACCCAAUUAUCUACUCUACAGAAACAUGAGAAAACCCGUUGCCCGACGUUUUCUAAUUAGCAAACGUUUGUGUUC